AUGCCUAAUAAAUAUUGGACUGACGACCCUGAUGAGACGGAGACAGGAUCUGGUAGGAGCUAUCAGACGUCGGAUCCAGAUAUCACCGAGCCAGACGAGAACUCUCGUAGUAUACCGACUCGAAGCCAGACACCACAGUCUCAACGGAGAACACAUCCUCCUCAACAACUACAAGGGGGCAUUUCAGCACAAAUCACUACCUCUAAAGGUCGAACAUACAAGGAUCCGGAUAUUGAUACUACGGAGAGACUCUCCGAUAUUGAUCCGAAUUUCAACCGAGCUGAAGGCACUAAGAAGUUGAAGGAGCGUGUAAUUGAUCGUUGGCAUCGAUUCUGCCGGAAAAAUGGAGAAAAUGAAUCAGAUUGCACACGAUGGAGCGACCCAGAGAAUGCUCUUCGGCAAGCAUCCGCAGAUUGCAUAUUUCAAUUUUUGAAAUGGUGUUUCAAACUAGAAUAUGGGACGGACGGUCGAAAGCUGCCAGGGUACGGCCAGGCGGGCACUUUUAACACUGAUUGGAAGUAUUUUCGAAUUUAUUACGAGGACAUAUUAGGCCACAAGAUGGACAAAGACAUGGUGAAGAGCUUACGCACGGCCAGACAAUGGUUAAUUCACGAGAACAAGCUGGGCACCCAAUCUCGCGACAAUGACCCAGUGUAUAUUGACGACAUGAUCGAGUUCAAUGAGACAAUCCUACAAACACGCAAGAAACGGUUUUACCUGGGCAUCCAACGGAUCAUGUUAUGCCUGGCCCUAAUGCUCGGUCUAUUUACUGCUGGCCGCAAAACUGCUAUUCUAAAACUCCAGUAUAAGCAUCUUCGCAUCAGUUUACUGCGAAAUCCUCACGGGGGACCUCCUAUACUCGACAUCGCCAUCAAACCCAAGUACAUCAAAUCCCUUCUUGGAAUUACAAAUCUGAAUACGUUUUCUUUUCCCGAGAUAAUUCUCGGUGUCUCUCUCGUGUUCAGCCCGCAUGUGUUUAUCAUGGGACUGUUGCUGCAUGCGAGGGCUUUCCAGGCUAAUAUUAGAUCAAUGGAUGAUGUUCGUCGCCUUUUUGUGAUGCGUAACUGUCAAGAGUUACCGUUGCCAUUGAAGGAGGAAAUGGAUAAUUAUUAUCUGUUCUGCAAGGUGGAUUUGAUUGAUGGAAAGCCAUGGAUUCUUCGCGAUCAACCUAUGAGUGAUAGUCAAUACAAUGCGGCUAUACGUGCCAUUUCGGAGAUUAUGGGACUCUUAAAGUGGUUCUUCUUCCAUCAAUUCCGGUAUGGCACAGGAAAAAUUCUUGACAAAACCGAAUGGGUGAGUGACUCUGAACGCAAUUUGAUUCUCAAUCAUGCCAAUACUUCCACCUUCCUCAAAUAUUACCGUCCCAGAAACCACACUCAGAUGCAACAAGCGGUACUUGGGCUGGACCCCAAUGAGGUUAUCGAUCGAGCUUUGACUAGCAUUAGGCGUUACGCUGAUAAACGACGACCACGUUAUCUCGAUGACACUCAAAAGGCUUUGGUGGAAGAUGAUCCAGAGUUGCAAACUGCUAUCAGUAACCGGGAUGCCCUGCUAGACCAAUUUCAGCAAACUCCGGAUGCCACGCUCGCACAUGCUGUCGCUGAAGCAGAACGUAACAUCAAAAAUACGCGGCAGCGGUUGCGAUAUCGGAGAAAAAAAGAAGUCCGACGAGCCUUUAGUGAUGAGCAAGCAGUCAAAGAUGCCAACGCCCAGCUCUCAGGAACUAAUCUCCUAGAAGAUGAGUUGAACGAAGAACUGGAUGAUGAUACACCACCGGAGCAGACCAUGCUUAUAGAGGGGUUAAUGGCUGUCCCGGUAGAAUGGACAUUUGAAGGCGAAUGGCAGCGACGCAAUGUAGGCACUGAGGUUAUUAUCAUGUAUUGCGAUUAUGAAGAAGGCGGACCACUUCGAGGCCGGCCGAAAGGCAAACGACGUCUAAAUGACGAGGUUAGACUUUUGAGCGUGGAGACAAAGCAGAUCGAAAAGACGGAGGAUGAUAAACCUAUUAUCGAAAAGAAACGCAAAAUAGAACAGGAGCAACCCCAGACUGCCAAAAAACCUCUAGUUUGCUUUCAAUGCGGCAAGAAGUACAGUCAGUAUCAAAGUCUUCUCAGACACUUCCGACCAAUACAUAUGAACGAUCGAAGAUGCAAGUCCUGCGCUGAUGGAAUGGAGUAUCUAGAACAGAUGCAUUGGCAAUGUCAUGUUGCCGCAGUACACCAGUUAAACAUAUGA